AAAAGAAUUUAAAGCACAUGUUCGUUAAAACAUAACCCCACAUUGGUGACCCUCGAACUUGUGUAUAAAACGCAACCGCAUUGCUGAGUACCCAUGAACGCUGUACUGCGGGAGUGUAAAAUUUAAACUUUUCUUUUUAAAAAUUGUGGUGUCUAUCUAGUGAAUUUUUCCUUGCUCUCUAUUUCAACUCAGUCAUGCCUGUUGAAAUAAAAGUAGAUUCGGAACAGUCUACAACAAUGCAUCAAGAUGAUGGAGUUUCAAAUGCUACUUUGGAGGCUUCAAUUGCAAAUUUACAAGCUAUUUCAAUACGGCCACUCAAAUUUUGGAGUCAUGCACCAGCACUUUGGUUUAAACAAAUGGAAAAUAUGUUUUAUUUGGCAAGUAUAACUACAGAAGUUACUAAAUAUAGACAUGUAAUAAGCAAUUUAGACUGGGAACAAUUAAAAGAAAUUCAAGAUAUUAUAGAUCGUGAUGUACAAACUAUUGAAGCACCUUAUAAAUUAGUUAAAGAACAUUUAAUUAGCCGUUUAUCUAAUUCGCAGAAUUUUGAUAUUAAACAAAUGCUUGAACGAGAACAAUUAGGUGAUAGAAAACCAUCUCAACUUCUUAGAGAGUUACAGCGUUUGGGUCACAAGAAGGUCACAGAUGAAUUCAUUCGUACCAUUUGGACUAGCCGACUUCCCGAUCAACUUCAACCUGUUUUGGCAACGCAACCGCCUGACACGACCUUGGAAAAACUCGGAGUACUGGCAGAUACGGUAUUUGAUUUAGUACCACAACAGCAAUUUUCUCAAAUUAACGCUACAACCUCAGGUCACUUCAACCUAAACCUGUUCUUCGUCAUGGUACUCAAUCAACUUUUGUGCAUAAAGAUUUGGAUCAAUCAACUCACGUUUUCGUUCGACGAGGAUCAAGAAUGGUACUUCAACAACCGUACGAAGGACCGUUUGAAGUAA